AUGGAGAAUGGCGCCGACUUGGUGGAGUUGCUGCUCUUCACAUGGACCCAAAGUGCGUAUUCCAUGUCCAGAAAUAAUGUAACCAGGCGACGCUACUUCUCAAACACACCAGGAAUAUCUGAUGUCUACCUUGUAACCAACACCAAUCGUGAGAAGGGUCUGGCAUUCGAGGAGCACGUUGUGACGCUCAUGCAGUCACUCAACUGUGAACUACAGGCGACACAGCAGUCACGAGAUGGUGGAAUUGAUCAUCAGGGAUCAUGGACGUUGCCAGAUUUAGAAGUUGAGGUGGUGACACAGUGCAAGAACGAGAGAAAACCAGUGGGUGUUCACUAUGCUACAGUCUCUUAUGCGCAGCGGUUCUUCUUACGGACGACACAUCCGGCAAUUCUUUGCACCGUAGAUAUCGUAUCAGGUCGUCUCACUUCCUUUUUACUAAACGACAGUUGCCAAACGCUGCUGCCCAAGCUUACAGUAGGCUCCUUGUUCGUGAACCAGGAGCAUGCUCUCGUGCUCACCUACGGUGACAAGAUCCUCGGCUAA